AUGUCCUUCCAAGGUCCAAAACUCAAUAAGGUCCUCACAAAGAUAAACUUUGUGUCUCAUCUCCUUCAUAUAGAGCAUGAAGGCGUUCAGAGGCUUCUUCACCUGCACACCUGGCCUGCUGCUGAGGGGCGAGAGACAUCCAGGAGAGAGAGAGAGAGAGAGAGGGGGAGGAGGUUAUCCAGACGAAUCUUCUGUCACAGUACAGCAAAGAAAUCCCUGAUCAGCAAGGAGCGACUUCCUCCUCUACAGAGAAAAGACGAAGCCGCCAAUGACGCUCUGUCCACCUCUUCAGCACUGACAGGAAGUGAUGAAACCAGGCCGCAUGCAAGUUCCCACAACAAAGAAACAGAGGAAACAGAGGACGGUGAUGACGGAGAAGAUUGUGGAAUAUCAGAGCCGGACAAAAUUAGAGCCAUUUCUUCUUCCUGCCCCGCAGCUGAGAGCAAAGGGGACGAUGAUGAUGAGGAGGAGGAGGAGGAGGUGAUGGUGGACGACAGAGAUGGCGACUGGAAACCAGACAAGUGUGAUGAGGAGCUGGAGGAGAGUGAACCUGAACCGAACUCAUAUAAGACAGCGAGGAAGCCACAAGUCAAACAUUCAGGUGUCAAAACAAAGAGAAGCAAACGGAUCCAGUCGUCUCCGAAGGCGUCGACUGAGAACAGUGAUGCUCUUCUCUCCUGUAAAGUCUGCACAGUUCUGUGCACGUCGACGAACAUGUUGGUAAAACACGUCUGGAGUCAUGUGGACGAUCCAGAGAGAGUUUGUGGAGUGUGCGGAGAACAUUCAGAGUCUGCAGAGGAGCUGAGGAGUCACCUUCAAAGUCACCAGAAAACUCACAGCUGCAACAUCUGCGGAAAGUCUUUCAUGACUGUUUCUAGUCUAAACAGGCACGCUAGUCUUCACACAGAAAAGAGACAGUACAAAUGUGAUGUCUGCCAUAAAGCUUACACUCAUAAGUCGGGUUUGAAGAAUCACAAGUGGGAGCACGUGGAGGAUAAACCACACAAAUGUGACAUCUGCCACCAGUCUUUUGGUUUCCCACAGCAGCUGAGGAUUCACAUGAGACGCCACACAGGUGAGAAACCGUACCGCUGCAAAGAGUGCGGUAAAUCUGUCGGUGACUUCCGAUCUUUAACCCGACACAUGCUGCUUCACACUGGGGAGAGACGUUACAGCUGUCAGGUCUGUGGAAAACAUUUUUUACUUCCCGGAAAACUGAAAGAACACGAGAAAAUCCACACAGACAGAAGCAGAACGCACCUCUGCCACAUUUGCUGCAAAACGUUCCACAGACCAGGUGAGUUAAAAGCUCACCUGGAAACACACAACAAAGAGAGGUCGCACAUGUGCGGCGAAUGCGGCAAGGGGAUGUCGUCUUGAGGAGCUCUGAAGAGACACAUGAUAAUCCACAGUGGGGAGAGACCGUACGGCUGCUCAGAGUGUGGACAAACCUUCAGCUGCUGGAACGUUCUCAGAUCCCAUCAGAAGACGCAUUUAGGCUUGAAACCGUUUGUUUGCGGGGUUUGUGGGAAACCCUUUAAGAAAAAAGAGUACGUGACUGUUCACAUGAGGACGCACAACGGAGAGAGACCGUACAAAUGUUCUCUGUGUGACAAAGCCUUCAGUCAGAGUCAUUAUGUGAAAACCCACAUGAAGAGUCACCAGAGGGAAGAAACGUCAGCACUGGAUGGACCGAUGCUCGGUUGACGUCUGUUCUAGAGCUGCAACUAAUGAUUAUUUUCAUUAAUUGGUUAAUCAAUUCAUUGUUUGGUCAA